GCGUUCUGCGGGGACAACCCGGCGGGGUCCUUGCUCGCGGCGCGGCGCGCGGGAGGCCAUUGCGCCGGCGGAGGCUGUCCGCGGCUGUGGUGCCCCUCGCCCCAUGAUUUUCUGCCGUUUCUUGUUGAAAAUGGCAACUAAUGAUGCUGUUCUGAAGAGACUGGAGCAGAAAGGUGCAGAGGCAGAUCAGAUUAUUGAGUAUCUCAAGCAGCAAGUUUCUCUUCUUAAGGAGAAAGCAAUUUUACAAGCGACUUUGAGAGAAGAGAAGAAACUUCGUGUUGAAAAUGCCAAAUUGAAGAAAGAAAUUGAAGAUUUGAAACAGGAGCUGAUUCAGGCAGAAAUUCAGAAUGGAGUGAAACAAAUACCAUUUCCAUCUGGUACUCCACUGCAAAGUAAUGGUACAGUUUCUGAAAAGAGGAUUCAGUCUGUCUCAGUGACAGCCAUGCCGCCUGGUCCUAAAGAACAGAUAAAGGAAGGGGGGAGAGGAGAAGAAAAAAAGGUGAAAGAGAAAACUGAAAAGAAAGGAGAGAAAAAGGAAAAAAAACAGCAACCAGCAGCAGGAAAUGCUGACUCUAAGCCAGUAGAUGUUUCCCGUCUGGAUCUUCGAAUUGGUUGUAUCAUCACUGCCAAGAAGCACCCUGAUGCAGAUUCUCUAUAUGUAGAAGAAGUAGAUGUUGGAGAAGUGACCCCGAGGACAGUUGUCAGUGGUCUGGUGAAUCAUGUACCUCUUGAACAGAUGCAAAAUCGGAUGGUGGUUUUACUUUGUAACCUCAAACCUGCGAAAAUGAGGGGAGUGCUGUCUCAGGCCAUGGUGAUGUGCGCCAGCUCACCAGAGAAAGUCGAGAUCUUGGCUCCUCCUAAUGGGUCUGUCCCUGGAGACAGAAUCACUUUUGAUGCUUUCCCUGGAGAACCUGACAAGGAGCUCAAUCCCAAGAAGAAGAUUUGGGAGCAGAUCCAGCCUGAUCUUCACACAAACGCGGAGUGUGUGGCUACUUACAAAGGAGCACCCUUCCUGGUGAAAGGGAAGGGCGUGUGCCGAGCUCAGACGAUGGCCAACAGCGGGAUAAAAUAAAUGCUUCAGCUACUGAGGCAAUAACAAUAAAAAGACACUUCCUUGUCA